AUGCUCCUGUACACAUUCCUACCCCGAGGUCUUUCCACAGAAGAUUCUGAAGCCUGUCUGUUCCUUUGGAACUGCAGUGUCAACUGCAGGAACCUCAGUCAACAGGGCUCCUGGGCCACCAGCGGCUGCUCGGUGCACCUGAAUUCUACCACCUGCUUCUGCAACCACAGCCCUAGUUUUGCCAUCCUGCUGCAGGUGUUUGAAGUCCAGGGAGGUCCUGAAGAGGCAUCGCUGCUGAGGACUCUGUCAUUUGUGGACUGUGGCAUGUCCCUGUGUGCUCUUGCCACCACCUUCCUACUCUUCCUGGUGGCUGGGGUCCCCACUUCUAAGUAGACCACAAUUCACAAGAACCUCAUUCUUUCCCUGACCUCUGCUGAGGGCUUCCUCAUGACCAGUGAGUGGGCGAAGGCCAACAUGGUGGCCUGUGUGGCUGUCACAGCUGCCAUUAUCUUCUCUUUCUGGCUGCCUUCUCCUGGCUGCCAAUGGAGCAAGGUGGUAGCUGUGAGCAUGCACCCAGGCCCCAGGAUGAAGAUGCUGCAGGCUGGGCUGAGGACCCCUGAUCCCAUUUCUUGUUUUUUUCUCCAUUGCUUUCCAACACUGCCCCACACCUUGACCCAUCCCCAACCCAUCAGUACCAUUCACCAUCCAACAGCACCUCAGAACUGCCCAAUACAUAGCACCCAGCACCACUGA